AUGGACCAUGACGCUGUCGGAAACAAGGAGGUGGGGUCGGCAACAGGCGACAUCGAGUGGAUCCCGUUGAUCCCUGGUUUUUCGGGCUUCCUUCCUACUUCCCCUACGGGCCCAGGACAGGGCGUUUUAGCUAGAAUGGACGCACGCACUGCAGAGUCAGCUCAUUCGAAAGAGCAUGCCACCUCUCAACCAUCAACAGGCGAACACCGAACAAAGACUUAA